AGGGGAGGGAACCUCCUCAGACCGCCUCGGCUCCACAAACACGUCAGAAACGCGGCGGAGCGACUGCGGGACGCGUCGUCCGGUACCCAGGCCUCAUCUCGAACCCGGUUGCGACGGGCCAGCAUCGCUGUUCCAGAACAGGCCGUAAUCCUCGCUCCCUUUGUUCCGGCGGCGGCCCGCGGGGGCCAUGACAGGGGGGCGGCAGCAGAAUCAGCCGACGGCAGCAGAAUGAGCGGGCCGGGCCGCCCGCGGGCCAGGCCUUCACCCCACGGCGAGCCGGACCCCCACAGGUCGCAGAGGUCGGCCCGCUGCUGACCUGCAGCGGCGAUGAGCUGAAGGAUCGCCAGGCGCUCGUUUCCUGUCCCGCCGAUUGAUACUUCCUGUUUCCUGUCUGGGGGGGACGCUUCCCCCCCCCCCUGCCAGAAGUGCCUUCGGUCCGUGAACCGAUCCGUUUCUCCUCACGUCCUCAUCUGGACCCUUCAGAACCGCGUCGUUGGUCCAGCUGUCGCCAUGGUUACCCUGCAGUCCAAGUGGCGCUUCCUGUUCAUGUUCCUGGGCAUCCAGCUGGUCGUCAUGGCGCUGCUGUCCCGGGAAGGCUACCACAAACGGGUCAGCUACUUCAUCCGGAUCUUCCGUAAAGGCGAGGCGGCCGGCCCGGUCCGGAACCGCACCGGCGCCGCGCUGGGCGACGUCUACGCCAACCUGUCCAACCUGUCCCGGGGACACGGCCACGCCGACGACAUGCCGUACUGCCCCAAGGUGUCCCCGCUCAUCGGCGGACCGAUCCAUGUCAGCUUCCCGUCCGGCCUGACCCUGGCCCAGGUCCAGAGGAAGAACCCUUUGGUGGUGAGUGGGGGGCGGUACCGGCCGCCAGACUGCGAGGCCCGCCACCGGACCGCCAUCAUCAUCCCGCACCGCCACCGCGAGCAUCACCUCAAGUUCCUGCUCUACUACCUGCACCCGUUCCUGCAGCGGCAGCAGCUCAGCUACGGCAUCUACGUCAUCCACCAGGCGGAGAAUUACACCUUCAACCGGGCCAAGCUGAUGAACGUCGGCUUCCGGGAGGCGAUGAGGGAGGAAGACUGGGACUGCCUCUUCUUCCACGACGUCGACCUCAUCCCCGAGGACGACCGCAACCUCUACGUCUGCGACGCCAACCCCAAGCACGCCGCCGUCGCCAUGGACAAGUUCGGCUACAAGCUUCCGUACAAAAUGUACUUUGGAGGCGUGUCGGCGCUGUCACCGCUGCACUACCUGAAGAUGAACGGCUUCCCCAACAACUACUGGGGCUGGGGCGGCGAGGACGACGACAUCGGCGUCAGGGUGUCUCUGGCAGGGAUGUUCAUCAGCCGUCCGUCUCUGAAAGUCGGCCGCUACAAAAUGAUCAAACACAAGCUGGACAAGGGCAACGACGUGAACCCCAAGAGGUUCAACAUGUUGGCGAAGACGCGUCAGACCUGGAAGAUGGACGGCAUGAACACGGUGGAGUACGAGGUCAUCUCCAGGGACUACCUGCCUCUCUACACCAACAUCACCGUCAACAUUGGGACGGAGUCCGGCCUGCACCCGCCUGCGCCGAAACCCGCUGCAGCACAGAAAGCUGCUGCAGCACAGAGACCCACUGCAGCACAGAAAGCUGCUGCAGCACAGAAUCCUGCAGCAGAAAAAGCUGCAGCACAGAUAUUUGCAGCUAAACUCCGGGAGAAACUUGCUGUGAAAUAAUCUUGUUGGUGUGAUUUCUAGUAGAAUGAAGCGAUAGCUCCCCCUUGUGGCUCCUGCGGUCGUCUGGAGCUGCAGAGAGGAGGAACCCGGUUGGACUCUGUGAGUUUGUGUGUCAGGCGCUGUCGCCGCUGUAUAAACCGAGAGGCCUUAGAAUCACGUCUUUUCUCUUCACGUAGAGCUUAGAGCAUAGAGCGUUUAGAGGAGGAAGCUGCUGGAGCGUUUUCUGAUCAGCUGAUUCACUGACCGGGCCUGUUUCAGAUUCACUGCUUCAGUUUCUGUUCUUCCCCGUUUCCUGUGGAUGAUCAAUGAAUUCCUGCAUUUUCUUCACUCCGACGGCUGAUUGUGUGAAAACAUUUCCUCUGAGUUUGGCAG